AUGUCGACAGUCUUCUACCGCUGGGGCGCGGGCCGAGAUGAGGCGCGUAUCAAGUUCGACGGCACGCACAUCAGCGUGUUCGACUUCAAGCGCCAAAUCAUGCUUGACAACAACCUCGGUAACGGCAAGGACUUUGACCUGACCGUGUUCGAGAAUGGAGAAGAAUUGAAGGACGACGACAAGCAGAUUGCGCGUUCGUCAACCCUCGUCGUGCGCCGUAGGCCAGCGAUCAUGAAGGGACGCGGAACUGCCCAGAACUACAUCGUCGGCACGGACGCGUCCAUGUCGCUCACUGGCGAACACCGCAUCGAGGCGCACGCACGGCAAGCGAUGAAGGACCGCAUGAACCGCGGUACCAUGGGAUCCGGCGGCACGUACGGGUCGUUAAGCAAGCGCUUCGACGGCAAGGAGGAGAAGAAGGAGGAGGCGCCCAAGGUGACCACGGGUAACGCGGACGAGGACGCGCGUAUCCAGGCCAUGCUCCAGCAGCAGACGGACACGUGGGAGGAGAUGCAGGAGGACAUGAGCUCGCUUCCACGCUUCAACAGCGGUGCGAACAGGCGGCCGCUUGGGCGACCCGGCGCCGCCGGCGCCGGUGGUGGUGGUGGCGGUGGGCCGCCGAGCAAGUUCGACUACAGCGUCGCGCCGGACAAGGAACCUCCUCUUGGUUACAUCUGCUACCGCUGCGGACAGAAGGGACACUGGAUCCAGAACUGUCCGUCGAACGACGACCCAGCUGCGCAGGACCGCAAGCGCUUCGUCCGCGUCACGGGUAUCCCGCGCUCCUUUCUGAAGACGGUCGAGACGCCCACCACAGGCGAGGGCUCGUCUGGCGGUGCGAUGUUGACUGCGGACGGCGGGUUCGUGCGCGCGGUUCCCGACGCAAGGGCAUGGGAGAAGCAGGCGGCUGUCAAGACGCUCGCAAACGACGACGCCGAGGACAAGGGCGCGUUGGACCCCGAGCUCGUGUGCCCGCUGUGCAAGAAGUUGUUGAACGAAGCGGUACGGGUGCCAUGUUGCCACACGGCGUACUGCGAGGACUGCAUCACCAGCCACUUGCUGGAGCACGAUUUUGUGUGUCCGAGCUGCGAGAGCAAGAUUGCAAGCCUGGACAAGCUCGAACCAGAUGAGGAUCUACGCCAGCGCGCCGAAGCGUACCGCGAUGGCGAGAAGGGCAAGAGCGAAGAGGAGGAGAAGAACGGGGAUGACACGCCGGCUGGCGAGCCGGACGCGAAUGGCAAGAACCCGUUCAACGGCCAGAUGCCCGAUAUGAACGCCAUGACCGAGUACCUACAAGCAAUGCUCGCGACCCUGCGGAACCCGCUCGUCCCACCAGCCAUCAAGACGCAGGUGCGGCAGCUAGUCAAGAUAACCAACCACAAUCUCCUGCAGUUGCAGAUGCUCGCCGCCCAGGGAAUGCUCGGCGCAAUGGCGGGCAUGAGCGGAAUGGGCAUGGGCUUGGGUAUGCCCGUGAUGGGGAAUGCGAUGGCGAACCCGAUGGCCAUGAUGGGCAUGCAGGGCCACAUGGGCAACAUGGGCAACAUGGGCAACAUGGGCAGCAUGGGCAACAUGGGCAACAUGGGGCCAGGCAACAUGGGCAACAUGGGCAACAUGGGCAACAUGGGCAACAUGGGGCCAGGCAACAUGGGCCCGGGCAACAUGCACAUGGGUGGUGGGCGAGGGCGUGGCGGCUUCCGCGGCGGGAUGCGCGGACGGGGCUUUGGGCGAGGAGGUGGAAUGGGUCGCGUUAGCUCGGGCAAGCGACCGGCCGAGGACGCUGCUGGGGGCAUGGAGAAGAUGCAGCGCGUUGGGUGA